AUCAAUUUCACUUGAGUAACCUGAGUAACCAAGGUGAAACACUUUUCUGUGUAACUCACACAUAAUAUAAAGGAUUAACAAUAGGAAUUUUUAGUCCGUACGUGCACAAUAAUUUAUUUUCCUUCAAGAAAUUUUAACAUUUUUUUUUAAAAAAAUAUGUCGCAAGAAAAGAAUAUAAUUUCAACUUCUGCAACUUCUGCAGUCGAACUAGCUAAUAAUAAACAUAAAAUUAUUUAUAAGAAUAUUCAAACAGUAAAUCAUCCAAUUAAAUUCUCAUUCAACAGUUUCGGUCCAAAACUUACAUUUUCAAGGUCAAGAUUUGCUUGUUUUGUUUUUAAAAGAGAAUAUGAAGCACUUCAUAAACAUGCCUUUCUUAAAUCAACUAUUUCCAAGCUUGCAACUGAAAAGUGGAAUGAAUUAUCUGAUGAUGCUAGAAGAGUAUAUUUGAAUUUUAGUAGUGAUGCUAUUGAAUAUAAUUCUUAUAAAACUAGGUCUCCUACUUACCAAUUAAUUAAAUUUUAAAUUAUUUUAUUAUAUAAUUUAUCAUGUUUUUAAGUAAUUUUAUUCUUUGUUUAACAUUUUAUAAUAAUUAAUAACGCUAAUUAUGUAGCAGUAUGUACGGACUACAGACCAAAUUAUAUUAUUUAAU